ACCCACACUCUUCUUUCUUCUCUUCUAUUCUCAUACACUGUUUUACGGUUUUCCCGCCGCGGCUUUUCUUAUUUUCUUCGCCACUUCCAGAAUCUCCGCCACCACGGCGUCUGUGCAAAUAGCGGAGCGGCAGAGACAAUGGAGAAGAUAGAGUCGGAUUUGAAAGAGUUCGAGUUGAAGCAGAGGAGCCUGGCCAAGGCGUACGAGAGCGUACAUGCGCAAGCGCAAGCUAAUUCCUUCGUCAUCUUUACCGUGCAGUGGAAGGACCUUGAGGACCACUUUGAGUCGACUCGGAACUCGCUAGAGGCCCGCUUCCGAGAACUCGAGGCCCGGGAGGAGGAUAUCGGAGUCCGAGAGACCAAAUCGGAACCCAAAGAUUGGAACUUUUGCUCGGAGAUUAGUAAGAACAACUUGCAUUCGCUUAUGUCAUUGAUUGAAGAACACAGCGAUGAGGUUCUUGUUCAGGAAAAGCUGUUGAUGGAGGUUGAGAAGUAUGUGAGAGAGAAGGGGAUGCAGUUUUAUUCGAUUGACAAGCGUGUUAAAGAGAGGAUGAAGAAAUUGAAUUGGGUUGAGAAAAUCGUGGAAGAGAAGUCGAAAUUGGCCGAGUCUAAGGAGGGGGAAGUGAAAGGGUUUCAAGAAGCAUUGAACAAGUACGUUGCGUACAUUGAGUUGAAAAAGAGGCAAUUGAAUGAGAUUCUUGGGUCGAUUGAGAAGCACAAGAAAGAGUUUGAUUUGAAACAAGAGCUAAUUGAAGCAACGAAAAGAUCGAUUGAGGAAUGUGACAAGGAGUUGAUAUUGAAAGGGGAGAAACUUAGGUUGGUUCAGAAAUCGUUAGUGGAGUGCUCUAAUACACUUGAAUCGAAAGAGAAAAUGAUUGGGGAAAUAGAUUUGAAAGAGAGAGAUUUUGGUUUGCUUAAGAAAUCAAUGGAGGAGCGGUCUUGUGAGCUUCAAUUCAAAGCGAGGGAACUUGAAUUGAUUGACAAGAGGGUCAGUGAACGCCUCAAUGAGGUUAAGUUGAAAGAGAAGAAUUUGGAUCAACUCCAAAAAUCGAUACGAGAUGGCGAGAAGCACUUGGAUAAAAUGUCUAAGGGACUUCAAAUGAAAGAGUGUAAACUUCAAGACCAGGCCAAAGAGCUUGCAUUGAAGCAGAUAGAAGUUCAUUCGAUCAAAAAAUCCACUGAAGAGCACACCCAAAACCUGAUAUUGAAAGAGAGGCAACUUGAAGACCAGGCCAAAGAGCUUGAACUGAAGCAGAAAGAAUUUGAUUCAAUAAACAAAUGCAGUGAAGAACAGACCCAAAACCUGAAAUCGAAAGAGAGGCAACUUGAAGACCAGGCCAAAGAGCUUGAACUGAAGCAGAAAGAAUUUGAUUCAAUAAACAAAUGCAGUGAAGAACAGACCCAAAACCUGAAAUCGAAAGAGAGGCAACUUGAAGACCAGGCCAAAGAGCUUGAACUGAAGCAGAAAGAAUUUGAUUCGAUAAACAAAUCCACUGAAGAAUACUCCCGAAACCUGAAAUCGAAAGAGAAAACUAAUACCCUUCAUUCUCAAGUGAAGAUUGAGCAACUGGAACAUAUUCCUUCCAACAAUGCCUUUGUUCCUUCUUCUGCAAGUAAUCAAUCCAGCAUAAAUGGGGACGGUAGAGGCUUGCAGUUGUUAGUGAAUGGGCAGUUGAAGAGAAUUGCUUUAGUGGGUAGUGAAAUCUCAGCUGUUCUUGAGGCCUCAUUGGACCAAGCAAAAUUGGUUUUGGAUGCAAUGCAAGGGUUUUACCCCUCAAAUUCGACUCUAGGCAACAGGGAAUGUGAUUUUGAUUUGGGAGUUAUUAGGAGGAGUUGUAUUCUUUUGUUAGAGGCUUUAAAGAAAGUCUCACCGCAAAUUAAUCCUCAUGUGAGAGAAGAAGCAAUUAAGUUGGCGGAUGACUGGAAGGCUAAAAUGACGGUGGCAACAGAGAAUUGGUUGGAGAUUUUGGGUUUUUUGAGGCUUGUUACUACGUAUGAAAUCACGUCUUCUUAUGAUGAGAAGGAGCUUCAAAGUCUUAUUGCUAUAGUUGCUGAGUAUGAACAGGCAACUGAAUUAUCCCAGGCUCUUGGUAGCACAGAAAAUGCAUCUGCCAUCAUCAUUUGUUCCCCCGAGAAACCAGAAUCUUCACUGGCCAAAAAUGCAGUAGCUGUUUCUUCUCCGAAUCUUCAACUAACUGCUACCACAGAUGCAAGGAAUUUGCAGGGGUUUCUACAUGAGCUUGCGAGAGGGAAUCAUUUAAUACAGAAUGAAACUUUGGCUGCUCUUCAGACGUCAUUGGACCCAGCAAAAUUUGUGCUGGAUGUGAUGCAGAAUUCUUUUGCUCAAUACUGGGGAGACGGAGAUGUUCCUUCUAAAGAAACUGUCAUGUUGAGUUACAUUAACCUGUUGGAGCAGCUAAUGGGUGUCUCACUGCAUGUUGGGCUUCAUGUGAAGGACGAUGCGGAAAAGCUAGCAAUCCAGUGGAAAGCAAAAAUGGGAGCUGAUACUCAAAAUUCAUUGGAACGUUUGGGUUUUUUGCAGUUUAUUGCUACAUAUGGGUUGUUUUCUACCUUUACUAGAGAUGAUAUUGCACCGCUUCUUGGGAGAAUUUCUCAGGAUAAACAGACUAGAGAAUUAUGUCAGAAACUCAGGUUUGCAAAUAAGAUCCCUGCACAUUUUAUUAUGAAUCUUAUUGAAAGGAGGCAACUGCUUGAGGCUGUAAGGUUGAUUUGCACCUUCAAGUUCAUUGACAUUUUCCCCCCAAUACCACUCUUAGAGAAGUAUGUGGAGAAUAGAAAGAACUGGAGGUGUAGAAUUUGCAAGAGAAAGAACUCACUAGAUAAAAAGGAUAAGGUUUUAGAUAAUGAUAUUACUGAUUUAAGAGCUGUGAUUCAGUGCAUCAAAGAUUGCAAGCUCGAGUCUGAAUACCCAUCCGGGAACAUUGAAAUACAAAUAGCAGUGCUUGAGAAAAUAAAGGAGGAUCGAAGAAGACGUUCAGCAACAUCUCUUGCUUGCAAAGUUGGGCAACAAGAGCAGAAGAAAUCUCUUCCCUCCAAUGUUGAGCAACAGGAGCAGAAGAAAUCUCUUCCCUCCAAUGUUGAGCAACAAGAGCAUAAAAAUUCUCCUGCCUCCAAGAUUGAACAACAAGAGCAGAAGAAAUCUCUUCCCUCCAAUGUUGAGCAACAAGAGCAGAAAAAUCCUCCUGCCUCCAAGGUUGAACAACAAGAGCAGAAAAAUCAGGUUGAACAACAAAAGCGCACAUGGGAUCAAGUGCAUCAACAGCAACAGCAUCAACAGCAUCAACAACAACAACAACAACAACAACAACAACAGAAACAGCAACAAAAUCCAAAUAAAUUCCAACGAACAUCAGGAUCAGCUGCUACACCCUCUCGAAUGCCAACUUCCACUCCUGACUACUAUCAUCAGCAUACAAGUUUGCCAACUUCGCAGCAUGAGAAUUAUAGUCACCCUGGGCAGAUUGGUAUGCCAAUUUGGCAGUUUGGUAUGGCUGCGGCCAACCAAUAUGGAAUUGGUGCUAAAUGGGGACACCCUGGGCAGUUUGGUAUGUAUGCCAACAAUUACGCAAAUGGUGCAAUGCUACAUUCUGGAAUACAUCAGCCGUAUCACUUCACCCCCAGCCCUCCUACAUUUGGCCCUUAUCAACCCUAUAGCUAGUAUCAACUGCGUGUGACUGCCUUCAGAUACAACAAAUUCUUAAUUUAAACAACGUCUUUGUAUAAUCUUGAUA